AUGAUCGAUCUCUACAGUACUGUUUUUCUGCCGAUCUUGGAGAUAUCCCGCCUUGGAAUUCCUCUGCUACUGACACUUCUAGCUUUCGCUGUCGUCAGACAGCAUGUCCGGAGACGCGGGAUGCCACCCGGACCGCGCGGGCUCCCGUGGAUAGGGAACAAGCACCAAGUGCCCGCGAUCAAGCCGUGGUGGAAGUUCGCCGAGUGGAACCGGGAAUACGGACCCGUGGUGUCCAUCCACCUCGGAAGCACUCCCGUGAUCAUUCUUGGGACAGCGCAGGCAGCAUGGGACCUCCUCGAUAAGAGGUCCGACAUCUACUCGAGCCGCCCUCGCUUCGUCGUCGCUGGGGAGAUUCUCUCGGACAACAAGCGCGGGCUCAUGCUCCCCUACGGGGACAGCUGGCGCAAGUGGCGCAAGGUCCUGCACUCCGGCUUUCACUCGCGCCGAGCGGAGACGUACCACGAGAUCCAGACGCUGGAGUCGGCGGUGCUUGUGCAUGAGCUGCUGACGAACCCGGCGGAGUACGAGAAGCAUCUGACGAGGUUCGCAGCAAGCGUGGCGACCUCUGUGACAUACGGACGAAGGGUCGAUAGCGCCGACGGGUGGAUAGUCAAGGAGAACCUGAACGCGAUGGCAUGUGGCAUCCCGGGCAAGUAUCUCGUCGAGACCUGGCCGUGGCUUCUCAAGCUUCCUAGGUCGCUCCAGUGGUUCCGGCGUGAACCCGAAGCGCAACGCCAGCGGGACAUUGCCCUCCUGACGCAUUUGCUGAACGACGUCAAGAAGCGAAUGAGCGAAGGCACGAUCCCGGACUGCCUCACAUCUCAAACGGUGGCAAAUCAAGAGAAGAACGGGCUGACGGACGUCGAGAUCGCAUACACCGUGGCUUCCCCGUUCGGCGCCGGAAUCGAGACGACUUCUGGGACGCUGUGCAUCUUCUUCCUGGCGAUGCUGCACUACCCCGAGGCCAUGCGCAAAGCUCAAGCAGAGCUCGACAGCGUCGUCGGCCGCGACCGCCUGCCCACCUUCGACGACCGCGAAAAGCUCCCGUACGUGAACGCGCUCAUUAGCGAGACCCUGCGCUGGCGGCCGAUCGCCGUGCUCGGGGGCUCGCCCCACGCCGUGACCACAGACGACGAGUACCACGGGAUGCACAUCCCCAAAGGCGCCACCGUCUUCGCGAACCUCGCCGGCAUCAUGCGCGACCCCGCGCUGUUCCCCGCCCCGGACGCCUUCCGACCCGAACGCUUCCUCGAGUCCAGCGCGGACCCGCGCCUGCGCGAGUUCGACCUCCCGUUCGGCUUCGGCCGCCGCGUCUGCGUGGGCGUGCACCUCGCGCGCGCGUCGCUCUUCGUCGCGGUGUCGCGGGUGCUGUGGGCGUUCGACGUCGUGCCCGCGCCCGGCGCGCGGGGGCUGCCGGACCCAUGGGCGUUCACGGACGGGUUCAACUCGAGGCCAGUGAGCUUCCCGUGCGGGGUCGUGCGGAGGAGCGCGCGGGCGGCGGAGGUCGUGGAGGCGGAGUGGGAGGGGGCGAGGGAGAGGCUGGCGCGGUGGUAG